GGCCGCGCGAUGUCGCACGGAGCCGGGCUCGUCCGCACCACGUGCAGCAGCAGCGGCGGCGGCGGCGGCGCGGGGCAGCCGGGCGCGAGGGCCUCGGAGGGGCCGCUGGACCCCGUGUACCCCCGCACCUACUCGGCCCUGCUCAAAGUGGCGCAGAUGAUCACUCUGCUGAUCGCCUUCAUCUGCGUGAAUCGUUCUAUGUGGACCAGCUAUGCCUACAGCUACUUUGAAGUGGUCACCAUUUGCAACUUGAUAAUGAUCCUCGUCUUUUACCUGGUGCACCUCUUCCGCCUCUACCGCAUGCUCACCUGCAUCAGCUGGCCCCUGUCGGAACUUCUGCAUUAUUUAAUCGGUACCCUGCUCCUCCUAAUCGCCUCCAUUGUGGCAGCCUCCAAGAGUUACAGCCAGAGUGGACUAGUAGCUGGAGCGAUCUUCGGUUUCGUGGCCACCUUCCUCUGCCUGGCGAGCAUCUGGAUGUCCUACAAGAUCUCGUGUGUGACCCAGUCAACAGGGUCGUGCAAGUGAACGAUGUCUGGAGAUAUUGCCUCCAUCUUACUCUACCCUAAAGGGUCAAUCCUAAGAACAAAAACUCACAGCAGAAGAUGGAUGGGCAGAAAAACAUGGGAAGAGUCUUGGUCCCUGCAAAUGCCAAUGAGUCACUGAACUCUGACAGUCACAGAACUGCCCUACCUUCGUUUCUUAGGAAACAAAUUUUCCUUAUUGCUUAAGACCUAUUUAAAUUGAGUUUUCUGGGAUGCCUGGAUGGCUCAGUGGUUGAGUGUCUGCCUUCAGCUCAGGGUGUGAUGCUGGAGUCCUGGGAUGCAGUCCCGCAUCUGCUGCCUGUAGGGAGCUGCUUCUCCCUCUGCCUAUGUCUCUUCCUCUCUCUGUGUGUCUCAUGAAUAAAUAAAUAAAAUCAUUAAAAAAAAUUAGGUUUUCUGCUCCUCACAGUUGACUGCACAAUGAUACACAAUGCUCUCUAUCAAAACAAAAUACAAAACUCUGAAGAAUGUACAGAUUCCAGUGAGUUCCUGAUGACUAUAAAGAUCUUGUUAUUCUUGUACAGACUGGAGGCAGGAAUUCUGCAGACGACACAAAUAGUUGUAAGCUUGACCAGAACUACCAGAGUUUUGCUUCACACUUUCCUAGUCACUGGACAGUCUGAAAGAGAAUGUGACUCUUUUGUUUUUAGCAUUGUGUGGCCACAUUGAGAGAUGGGAUGGGCGUGUCUCAAUUUGCUUCUCUGCAAGUAUUUCAAAUUGUUUACUCCCUAACAUUCCUUUGUGACUCUUCAAUAUCUGGCUCCCUAAAAACAGUGUGGAUGGGCACUCCACCUUGGCAGCAAGAGCGGCAGCCCCUGGGAAGGAAGUGGGUUCAUUUCUUUUCUACCUGUGCCCCACACCUGGGCAGACUCACACAACUCAGUCUCCUACAUAGGGACUUACCCAGGGUUGUAGAGCCAACUCCUAGAACUCUGGAGAAAGUUUUCAUCUCAACAUCAGGCUUCUGUAAUAAUAAUGAAACAACUACAAAGGAAGGUGAUUAAAUGGAUUUAUUUAAAAAGAAGACUACAAAAUUUGCCAAUGAGAGAGAUUAAAAAAAAAAAAAAAAGACCCAAGGAUUUAAACUGAUAAAUACAAAAGCAAUUGGCUAUAAACAAUGUAAAAAUACAUUUCCCAGUCCCCAAAUAGAACAUAAUUUAAGUACAACAAUUAUAAAAAUUUUUAUACUGUAUGUGCAUUUCCCUUAUAAUUUUUAAGAACCAUUCUAAACAGUUUAUUUGUAUAAAAUAUAACAAAUGUAAGAUGGCUGUUAAUAAAAAAUUAUGUUAAA